GCGAAAGGUUGGAGAUACCUACGAAGGCAAUAGUGUUUAGGUCGCUCUUUUUGUGCCAACUAAGUACCACUCAAACGAGGUGAUACUACAUAUCUGGAAGAGAGAAGAUGAUGAUUUUCACAAACAUAAGGAAUAAGGUCACCAAAUGGAAGAGGCGAUUUAUUUUUGUCAAAGAUACCCAAACAAAGAGGAUUAAUAACGAGCUAGCUGCUCAUAUCUCUGAGUGGCGCCCAAGUCACACUUAUAUGAACUACCCCACGUUAACGCCUGACGAUAUGGCUCUAAAGGACAAAAUAGUAGAUUAUGUCAAGGCAAAGAGAUUGGUUGACCUGGAGGCCUUGGUUAUCCUAGAGCAACUCGCGAUGCUUGGGUUUGUGGAUGUCGCAAACCUGUAUACCGAAGCAUGUAGGAGAGGCAGCUUGAACAAGCUCAGCGCUCGCGGUGCUGCCGAGGGGAGGGUAGUAGCACACACAGGCAAACACGCUUUGAUGAGCAACCUGCAACGCCACCUCACAGCUCAUCACAUAGAGCCAUUUUCGCGUCUGCUUUGUUUUCUUUCUCCUUACAGCCGAAGUGAACCCAGCCAUUUCCAGCGCCUCCACCAAAGAAAAAUUGGUAAGAUCUUGGUAAAUUCCUUCCCUUUUCUUGUUAAACAACAAGAUUUAAAGCUUAAAACUCUCUCCCUCAACCCAGGAAUCCCGGAUCUGCUGCUUUCUUCCUUCCCUACCGCCGGCCACAGUUGGGUAAGUCUGCGUGAAGCUCCUCCAAUUCCCGUCGGUCUUCCCCAUACUGCCAGCUCCAGCCUUGCUUGCUGAGCAUUUCUGGUAAGUUGGCUUCUCUAAUCUCCGAAAAUUGAUGGAUUAAUUGUUGCUUGGUGAGGUUAAUUGGUUGAAUGGGGGCUGGGUAGUCCGAAAAUUGCUGGGAAUAGGAGGUUAAUUUCCGGUAGCCUUGCAAUGAGUUUUUGAGUCAAUUUAUAUAGGAAAUCCUUUAAUUGGGCUGCUGUGAUGUUGUAUGAAAGAAAAAGAGGAAAUUCUC